AUUCCCGCUUCUCCCCGACUGCUGCUCGCUGGCCGACAUCCACCCUUCCCUCCUGGCCCGCAAAGUGGCGUCCCCAUCCCAUCCCACCCACCGCAACCAUGCCCUUAUCCAAUCAAGCCGUCGAGCACACGCUGCGCACCAUUUUCCGUCGCUGCGUCCAGUGCCCCAACGAAACACCCUCGUGCCCAUCAUGCGACGACGGCGAGUACUGCUCGCAGGUGCUGCCCUCGUGCACCCAGUGUGCCUCGGCAGUAUGCGUCAAGAUGGACGGCAGCCCCGGUAAAUCUUCCUCGUCCGACGACGGCCCCAAUGUAGGCGCGAUAGCAGGAGGAGUUGUGGGAGGCGUUGCCGUCAUUUGCAUUAUAACUUUCCUUAUCUGGUGGUUCUACGUGAGGCGCCGUCGCGAGGACGACAACGAACGCCUGCCCGACAUAGACGUGCAGCAAGAGAAGCAGAACGACUUCACGAUGAGACGAGACGCAAGAGCAUCGACCCACACCGUCGCCUCGAUGGCCUCGACCGUCCUGACCCGAGCUUCGAACAUCAUCCAAAUCGCCUACAUUCCCGGUGUCACCAACCGCUCUGGUGCCCCUUCUCCCGGCAUGCUGGCUCCUCCGGUCCCACCGAUUCCGAGCGUGCACCAACCUGGCAGCCCUUACUCGACCGAGGAGCAGCACUUCUUCGUUCCUGGGGAUCUCCGCGACUCGACGUACUCUGGUCUGGGCGACAACCACAGCUUCGGUCGCUCAAGCAUCUCGCCCAGUCUGGCUCGCAGCAGUGUCGCCACCACCAUUUACCGCAACAACGCCGUCAUCUCUCCUCUCCCCGCGCAAACAAUUGUCCGUGGCAAGGCUGCUGUCGUCAGCGUCAAGUCGGGUAGCAGCGGAAGCCCCGCUGAAACGCCUUCUUCCGAAACCCCGCCUGUGCCCGCGAUCAACUACGACAGGCUGGACAGGGAUGGAAGCGUCAAAUCGCCGUUCAGGGUGCAGAUGCCGUCUUCGUCGGACGGAGGAUCGUUGAAGCCAGGAAUGAGCCCGCAAGGAUCCAUCAGGAGUGUCCAGACGGUUGGAAAGGCCAAGCCAUUGAACAUCGUAAAGAAGAACAGCACCAAGGGAAAGAGCACCGCAACUUCGUCGUUGGCCAAUUCCGUUAGCGCUGCCGCCAGUGAAGAAGGAUCGCCGAAAUCAUCACCGAAAUCAACCAAGUCCAGAGAAUCUGCCGACAGGAUACCGAUUACGCUGCGACCGCUCACAGAAAUCUCCGCUACCGAUUCCGCGGACGAGGCGCCGAAAACCGUGGGGCCGAUCUCGCUGAACAUGAGCCACAUGGACGACCCUUCGAACGAUGAGGAGCCCGCGCAACAGCGGAAAUCGCUCAAGCGGACCAGUGGACGGGAUAGCCAGGUGACAGAGAUCCAGGACACGCCAGGCGUGAUCCAGAGUCCGUUUGGCGACAAGAACGCCGAAAACCUGCCCGCAGCCAUCGAGAAUGCGACGAAGCAGGCAAGCAAGCCGGCCGAGGGCGGACUGGGGAUACCCAGGGAAGGAAGCCCGUUCGGUGACGAACACGCCUUGAAGAACUAAAAGAAGAUUCAUCGAGCGCCUUUUUUUUUUUAUUUUAUUUUAUUUUUUUUUUUAUUAUCUGUUGAUGACGUACGCGGUUUGCCGGGA